AUGCUGGGGACAGAAGCAGUUUUGUUGAAACAAACCGCGGGAACACAAGAUCUAGCGCAAACUGGUGUCAAUAUCAUGAUUGCUGGCUUGGCAAGCCAAGUUGCGUCCCUCGCCCUCUUUAUGGCUCUUUGUCUCCAACAUGCAUGGUGUGUGCAUCAAAAUCCGGGUGCACUUCAUAAGGCGGAAAACAUGAGCGAACUUCCAAAAAGCCUUAGGUGGAAAGCAUUCCUGGCUGGCCUGGCUUUGGCAACCGUUGCCAUUUUUGUGCGGUCCGUAUCCCGAGUUGCAGAGUUAAAGGAUGGAUUCCACAGUUCUCUGGCAAACAAUGAAGUCCUAUUCAUGAUCUUGGAGGGAGCCAUGAUUUCGAUCGCCAUUCUAUGCUUGACAAUCCUACAUCCCGGUGUCUGUUUUCUUGGUCAUUGGAAUGAGACAAAGUGGAAAUUCCGCCCGUCAAUUGAUAGCGAGAUGGAGCUCAUUUCUUCCAAUGUAGAUUUGCCAGGGAAGCCUCGAGACGCUCAGAAAACAGGGGCGUUACCUCAUGUAUACAGCGCACCUUCUUGA